GGCAGCGAAUCCUGGAUCAGAAUUGGGAGAUUUCAUUCGAUGGUAUUCACCUAGAGACUGGGUUGAGAUGGAAGGUGUCGACGAAUGGGGUCAAACUGCAGGGUAUUUAUCCCCUCGAAUGAAAAUUGAAAAUAACCCGUGGGCGACGACAUGGGCCUCGGCACAACCAGUUCCAGCCCACCGGCAAAAACGUCUGUUCGAUGAUACUCGAGAGGCUGAGAAGGCUAUCCACUAUUUAGCAUCAAAGCGUCUCGGUCAAAUUGCCCAGUUGCUCCUCCCAGCCCUCACUCACGCUGCACUCUUCACUCUAAGUCAGCAGAAAACUCCUUCCCUACCGAAUUUACCUGAUGUCACGCAGGGUAUUCUCAAUAAACUCCAAUAUGCCACCAAGCCCAUUCAACAGAAGAUGCAAUUGUAUGAGGAGAUAGCAAAAGAUAUUGAAGGUGUGGAAGCCCUGAUUGCCCAGAUACAUUCUCUCCAGCACAAGCUCUGUGGAGACGAUCACUCGAAGGAAAUGACAUCCUUCAUUACUCAUCUGAUGAGGGAAAAGGAGGUGAUGGUACCUGGUGGAGCGAGGGGUUACGUUGGCUCGCGGAUAUCAGUGAUGUUCAGGGAUGCACAGAAGGCUGGACACAUGGCAAACUCGAUGUCAUCGACCACCAAGCACCAGGCGGAUGGCAGUCAGAAGACAUUCCCUGAGCCCUCUUGUAAGGAAUUUCUUCUGCGAAUAGUAACACCGAGGCCCUCGCCUUCGUCUACACCCCAACCUCAGCGACUCUACGCCUGUCUCAAAAGAGAGUGCAUAAGAAUCGCUGGAUUUUUCACAGAAGAUACGACUUUCCUGUAAUCGCUGGUCCAACCGCUUUCAGGAAGAGUAUUUUCAAUUGUUAUUGUUAUGCAAUCUAUUGAGUGACGCAGGUGUCGAAUAAUUGAUCAACAAUGAUGAAUCCAUUCACAAA